AUCGAACUCUAAUUUUCCCCUCCUCACUCACCUCCACAGGAAAACCUUUGGUCACCGCUGUCUCCGGCCAUUAUGAGUUACGUCGCCAAGGGUGAAAAGGAAUACGAUGCUGCGGGCGCUGUCCCCGGCGCGAAGCUGCACAAGAUUCGCAUCACGCUGACGUCCAGCAACGUCCGCAACCUCGAGAAGUUCUCGGGCGACCUCAUCAACCGCGCGAAGGACAAGCAGCUCCGCGUCAAGGGCCCGGUUCGCCUCCCCACCAAGGUCCUUACGAUCACCACCCGCAAGACGCCUUGCGGUGAGGGUUCGAAGACCUGGGACCGCUACGAGCUCAAGGUGCACAAGCGCCUCAUCGACCUCGAGUCCUCCUCCGAGGUCGUCAAGCAGAUCACGAGCAUCAGCCUGGAGCCUGGUGUCGAGGUCGAGGUUACGAUCUCUGGUUAAAUUACCUUGUACUAUGUACCUCGUCGAUCAUGUUGUAUGACACGCAUUGCAUGCAUUUACCGUGAAUCUGCUGGAAUCUCUCUGCG